AUGAAAGUGUUCACUGUGGGCUUAGAUGACAAAGAGAAAUCUCAGAAGGCGGAUUUAGAAAAGGCCGAUAGCGGAAAGGCUCCAUCGGACAUAGCGACAGUUAUGCCCAUGCCGACGCCGAUCAUCGUACCACGUGCAGCCCCUAGGAGAAAAUUCGGAUGUGGAGUGCUGUCGUGGGUUGUCGCGGCGUUCUUCGUUGUACUGUUAUGUCUGACCAUAUCCGAGAUUACCUACAACAGACAAAGGGAUCAAGCAUUCCUCAGACUCAAAUGGGCUGAGCUUCGUCAGCGUAUGCUCGGAUUCGAACUGUUGUCACAAGCUCAACAACAGGAAGCACAGCCCCAGAUUCAGCAGCCCAUCAACGAAUUGCCAGCAUUUUCAAGACGAAAUGACCUGGCCGAGGAAGCGACCACAACCAUCACCGCUCCUACCACUGUGCCUUCAAAGGAGAAGACUGAGCAGACAUCCACGGAAGGGAAUAACGACGGAUUU